UCCAGCGAGCUUCGCAUUGCUCAGUUGUCGUCGUCGUCGUCGUGAGGCGAUGGGUAGCUAGCUCCACAAUGUGAGAGAGCUCCGACAUUUGUUCUCACGCCGCCCCUCGCCGUCGCCACCCAGUUCGCCUGCUUCACGUCGAGGAGAAUUGAUCAGUCUGGAUUCCAGUCGAUGACCACAAAAGGUUUUGACUUGGAGGCGAUCAAUCUAUGUGGUUUUGAUUCUAGUCUAGAAUGUUCGGGACAAGUUGGAAUUAAUCUAUGUGGUUUUGUCAGCCUUUUUUGGGGACCUGUUGAUUUGUAACUACAAUGGACAUGGCCAUUAUCACAGACAACCUGGUGCUGUUUGGAUCGAUAUGCUUGUUUACCGCCGUGUAUUUCUAUGGCUAUUUUUUCUUAUUCAGCAAGCUAUGGAAGGGGCGAUCCCGAUACGAGGCAGCUAGCUGUGGAAUGUCUUUGACCCAUGGUACCGCUGUGGCUGCCUUGUGCUGUUAUGAAAUUUUUUCCAAAGAAUGGGUUCUGGACGCUCCCAACACUCCUCUACAGAACAAAAUCAUGGAGUAUUCCAUGGCAUAUUUUAUUGUUGAUUUACUCAACCUUGCAUUCACUGCCCCGGAUGACUAUCUCUUCAUCAUUCAUCAUAUUGGAACUUUGUCCUACAUGAUAUCGUGUCGGUACUUCAUUCAGCAUGGGGCCAUAUCUGUGAUGUGCUGUAUAGCAGGGGGAGAAAUCACAAGCCCUGUGCAGAACAUUUGGACUCUGUCUAAAAUGGCGCAGGAUUCAUCUCAGAAAGCUAAGCAAUUAUUCUUAAGCAUCUCUCCUUUUUUUACAGUGUAUUUUACCAUUGUGAGGGCAGGCUUUGGUCCGUACUUGACAUGGGCUCUUGGGAGAUUCUACUUGGGAGGCCACGCGGACCACAUAAUGCCAAGGUGGCUGGCAUGUUGUUGGUUGUUCAAGCUCGUGUUUGCAAUCCUCGCGAGCAUGUUGUGGGUUACGCAUCUGUGGGUGGCACUGUUUAAGUUCUACUCCUGGAGAAUGCCCCAAGGAUCUGUUCAGGAAAAAAUUGACUGAAAAGUCUCUCUCUCUUGGCUACCCACUUCGAACAUCUUUUGUUCUUCAUGGAUCUUGUACCAUGUGAUCUCAUUGAUUUUGUAGUUUGUACCAGGAUGCGCAGGUCAGCUUUGCUUCUGAUUUAGAGUGAAGCUUGGAGGCUCCCAGUGGAGUUGAGGCUAAUUCCUGGAAACUUGGAAUUGAUGAAGGUGCUCUGCAGCACCCAUUUGGAUCGGUGUACAUACGUUCUUGCCGAGUUGUCAAUGUGGGUGAUUGUUUGCUUCUGUCUGUCAAAAAAUGAAUGUCUGGAGGAAGUUCUGCUGGUCCAAUUUAGGUUCCCAUAGGUGCUGUGUAGCUGAGAAACUCUUCGUAGGCAUUAAAUUGAUGGAUUUUUGAAAAAAACAUCCUUCGUGGUGUUGUCAAGAUUGUACUGUUGAAUCUUGAUAGCUGGAUUGUUUAUUGGUGAACUGGGUUAUUAAUUUCCUACUUUUUGUGACUGGAUUUCCAUGAU